AUGCCUCCCAAAGGCGCCACAACCCGUCUCAACCCUGUGCGAUUGCAGACCAUCCCUCAUCUGCGCAUUCGUCAUCCGAACAAGCAUGAGCAGAACACUUGUGUGGCGGUGAUGUCGUCAAUGCUAAGUUGCUGGGCUUCAUCUGGAUAUGGUUCUGAGGGUUGCUUGGCUCUCGAGCAACAACUGAGACAAUGUAUGGAUGCACCGAAAAAGAAGGGCAAUGAGAAGAACACUGUCAACUACCACCUCAUGAGAAUGUACCCUAAGGUUGUUGGACCUAAGAAAAAGGGUCAUUGA